AUGGCGACAAGCUACGCCUACCCUCCCCUGCCGCUGUCGGUCGAAGCGUCCGACACGCUGCGCUCGUUCCUGCGGGUAGUCAUCCUCUGCCUGAUUGCGGGCGCCGCCGUUGCGUCCCGCGAGUUUGCCGUCGUCCGCUUCGAAUCGAUCAUUCACGAGUUCGAUCCUUGGUUCAACUAUCGAGCGACGCGAGUGCUGACUGAAGAGGGCUUCUAUGCCUUCUGGAAUUGGUUCGACCCGACGGCAUGGUACCCGCUCGGACGCGUUGUCGGCGGAACGCUCUACCCUGGAUUGAUGGUCACCAGUGGCCUCAUCUGGAAGGUUCUCCACAUGCUGUCGAUUCCCGUCGACAUUCGCGAAGUCUGCGUUCAGCUCGCGCCCGCCUUCUCCGGCCUCACCGCCCUCGCGACCUACUUCUUCGCCAAGGAAGUUGGCAAGGAAGGCAGUCGGGAAGGAACGGGUCUCUGGGCAGCCCUCUUCAUCGCUAUCGCCCCCGGCUACAUCUCGCGCAGCGUCGCCGGUAGUUACGACAAUGAAGCGAUCGCCAUCUUCAUCCUCAUGAUCACCUUCUACCUGUGGAUCAAGACGGUCAAGACGGGAUCGGUCCUGUGGGCGGGAGUGACGGCCCUGUUCUACUUCUACAUGGUCGCCGCGUGGGGUGGCUACGCCUUCAUCACCAACAUGCUUCCCCUGCACGUCUUCGUCCUCCUCCUCAUGGGCCGCUGCUCGUCCCGCCUCUACGUCGCCUACUCGUCGUUCUACGCCAUCGGCACCCUGGCGUCAAUGCAGGUGCCGUUCGUCGGUUUCCUCCCGCUCCUCACGUCAGAGCACAUGGGUCCUCUCGGCGUCUUCGGUCUACUCCAAAUCGUCGCCUUUGUCACCCUCGUCAAGUCGCUCGUCUCGGAGCAGCACUUCCGCCUCCUCUUCCGGUCGUUCCUCGGCCUUGGCGUUGCCCUCGCCGUCGGCGGAUUGUGGUUCAUGACCAAGUCGGGCAAGAUUGCGCCGUGGACGGGUCGUUUCUACUCGCUGUGGGACACCGGCUACGCGCGCAUCCACCUCCCCCUCGUCUCGUCCGUCUCGGAGCACCAGCCGACCGCCUGGCCGUCGUUCUUCUUCGACCUCCAGAUGCUCAUGUACCUCUUCCCCGCCGGCGUCUACAUCUGCUUCCGCGAGCUCCGCGACGAGCACGUCUUCGUCAUCAUCUACUCGGUCCUCGCGUCCUACUUUGCCGGCGUCAUGGUCCGCCUCAUGCUCACCCUCACGCCCGUUGUCUGCGUCACCGCCGCUGUCGCCAUCUCGUCCGUCUACGAGACGUAUCUCGACCCGCGCGAGCCGGACCAGGGCGCCAAGUCGACUGUCACGCCUGCCGCGGCCAAGCAGGCUGUUGUAGGCGAGGUCGAGGCGAUCGCUGCAGCUAUCGAGGCGUCGGCACCGAGCACGCCGUCGAAGAAGGGCAAGAAGGCGGUCGCGGCGCACAAGGCCGACGCACCCGCCGCCUCCACUUCGUUCGCCUCUGCCGACUCGAAGACCCGCCGGUUCGGCAUCAUCGGCCUCGACUCGCGCUUCAUUCCCGUCAUCGCCUUCACCUUCAUCUCGUUCCUCUUCGUCCUCCACUGCACAUGGGUCACCUCGUCCGCCUACUCGUCGCCCUCGGUCGUUCUCGCCAGUCGCGGACCGGAUGGCCAGCAAAACAUCAUCGACGACUUCCGCGAGGCGUACUACUGGCUCAGGCAAAACACGAAGGAGGACGCAAAGGUCAUGAGCUGGUGGGACUAUGGUUACCAGAUCGCCGGCUUCUCGAACCGCACGACGCUCGUCGACAACAACACCUGGAACAAUACCCACAUCGCUACGGUCGGCAAGAUCAUGUCGGUCCGCGAGGAGGUUGCCUACCCGAUCCUCCGCAAGCACGACGUCGACUACGUCCUCGUCAUCUUCGGCGGCCUGCUCGGCUUCUCGGGCGACGACAUCAACAAGUUCCUGUGGAUGGUGCGCAUCUCGGAAGGAAUCUGGCCGGACGAGGUUAACGAGCAGAAGUAUUUUACCCCUCGGGGCGAGUACCGCGUCGACGAUCAGGCGAGCGACACGAUGAAGAACAGCUUGAUGUACAAGAUGAGCUACUACCGCUUCAACGAGCUGUAUGGCGGCGGACCCGCCCAGGACCGCGUCCGAGGACAGGCCAUCCCGCCUGUCCCGAUCCAGCUCGACACACUUGAGGAGGCCUUCACGUCCGAGAACUGGAUCGUCCGGAUCUACGCCGUCAAGAAGGAGGACAACCUCGGCCGCGACCACCGCUCGGCAAACGCCUUCCUCCAGGGCAAGCGCAAGAAGCGGUCACGGACGCCUGCAUCGAGCUCGGCGGCCAAGGUCAAGCGGAAGGCGGCGUGA